AUGUCUGCUCCUAGGAGGAUAGCCAUCAUAGGUGCUGGGCCUGCAGGCUGCAUGCUUGCUCGACUACUACACCUGGCGUCCAUCCCCGUGACAGUCUUCGAGAGCGAAGAGAGUCCCAACUACCGCUCUCAGGGUGGCACGUUGGACUUGCACACGGAUACGGGCUUGGCCGCAUUGAAAGCGGCAGGCCUAUACGAGGGGUUCUUGAAGCAAGCCCGCUUCGAUGGCGAGUCUCUACUCAUUACAGAUCGGAAUCUCAAGACAUACUUCCAGAUCAAACCCACUAAGGAGUCAGAAAGCAAAAUAGGAGGGCAGCGACCUGAGAUCGAUCGCGCUGAGCUCCGCCGCCUGCUCACGGAGAGCUUACCGGAGGGCACAAUCCAAUGGGGCCAUCACCUGAAGGAAGUCAAAGAGGAUGGCACGCUGGUGUUUCGGCACACGACCGUGAGCGGGUUUGACCUGGUGGUCGGGGCUGACGGGGCAUGGAGCAAGGUGCGCGCCGCGCUCAGUGAGCAGAAGCCGAUCUACUCUGGGGUAGCGAUGCAUGACUUCAGCAUCCCGGACGCGGCGACGACGGCGCCGGACGUGUACGAGGUUGUUAAUCGUGGAAGCAUCUUUGCGUGUGGAGACGGACACCGCGUGGCGCUCCAGCAGAUGGGCGAUGGCAGCAUCCAUGUCACUGUAUCUUUCAUCCGAAACUCAGACAACUGGGCCGAAACCAGCAGCUACGAUGUCUCAUCCGCCCAGAGUGUGAAAGAUGCGUUGUUUGGCGACGGAGGCGAAUAUGAGGACUGGCAUCCGACGAUCAAAGCCGCCAUUUCAAAAUCGAGCGACAGCUGCGGCCAUCGCUCCCUGUAUAUGCUACCCGUGGGCUUCAGCUGGGAGCAUCGACGGCCAUUUACGGUCAUCGGCGAUGCGGCGCAUCUGAUGACCCCCUUUGCGGGCGAGGGAGUCAACGUAGCGCUGGAAGACGCACUGCAGUUGUCUCGCACCAUCGUCGACGCAGUCAGCGCCGUCAAAAUGGAUAGCCAGAAGAACCUGGGUGACGAGCUGGAUCAGGCAGUCGCUGCUUUCGAGAAGGAGAUGUUUGCGAGAGCUGCACGGGUGGCCGAGCUUACGGACGAAAUGCGGAAGGCAUACUAUUUCACGGAGGGUGUGCCGAAGAGUAUCAUUGCAAGGACAACCACAUUGCAUGCCAAGUUCCACACGCCCCCGAUCUUGCACCCGCUCGUGACGGCUGGGGUUCGCGGCUAUUUCUUCUGGAAGGGGCUUUUCCAGUAG